AUGCCCAAUGCUGAGUACAGGCAUUGUGUGAGGCACUUGCACAAUAAUUUCAAGCUUGCAGGCCAUACUAGUGCAGCUUUCAAGCAGAGGUUGUGGGCAGCAGCUAGGGCAACAACAAUACCUGUAUUUGAAGCUGAAAUGGAGCAGAUGUUGGGUCAAUCUCAGGCAGCUUAUAAGUGGCUUCAGGAGAGACCAGCUGCUCAUUGGAGUAGAUCACACUUUAGUACAGUCCCAAAGUGUGAUAUACUUCUAAACAACUUGUGUGAGGGUUUUAAUGCUGCAAUUCUAGAAGCAAGAGAUAAGCCCAUUGUUACUCUUUUGGAGAGAAUUAGAACCUACUUGAUGCUUAGAAUGGCUAGACUUAGAGAGACAGUGUGGCCCCAUGAGGUUGGUCCAAGAAUAUUUGGUAUUGUGGAGAAGAAUUCAAUUGAAAGUUGCCACUGCGUAGCUUCGUAUGCUGGUGGGGGGAAGUAUCAAGUUAAUAGCAUGUUGGGAGCUAUGUUUGUUGUGGAUUUAGAAAGGCAUACAUGUACCUGCAGAAAAUGGGACUUAAGUGGAAUUCCUUGUCCACAUGCCUUGGCUUCAAUAGCAAAGAGUGAGCACAGCCCUCUGGAUUUUGUGCAUGCACUUUACAAAAGGCCGGCAUAUGAUAGGGCUUAUGAGGGCUAUAUAUCUCCAAUGCCUAGUCAAGCAUAUUGGAGAAAAACAGGGCAUGUACCUAUCAAGCCACCUGUUUAUCGCAUCCAACCAGGAAGGCCCAAACUUAGCAAAAAUAGAGAAGCUGAUGAAAUACCAAAAGGGGCAACAAAACUUAAAAGGUAUGGCAUUGUAAUCACGUGCCGCAACUGUGGACAAGAAGGUCACAAUUUUGCUGGUUGUCCCCAACUUCGACAGGGGCAACCUAGAGGUAGAGCAAGAUGCGGUAGAAGGGGAAGAGGAGCUGUGAGGGGAAGAGGUGCAAGGGGAAAAGGAGCUGCAACUGCUAAUGGAGAUGUUGAUACUACAAGUGUCAAUGCAAGUGGAACAACUGCAAGUGGAACAACAACUGUCAGAGGUGUUAAGAGAGGCAGAGGUGUUGUCGGUGAACAACAACAAACUCAGGCCAGACCAAAGUUUAAUGUAAGUACUUGGAUUAUUGUGGUGUGCUUUGAAUCAAUCAUUGCAUUAUUGAAGGCUUAA